UUGUCUAAUAAUGUUUUAUAUCCAGCGAUCAUAAUAGAAUUGUUUCAAGGCCGACCAGAAUGCCGUCUCCGGGGAAACGGCGAAACUCAAUACGUGAUUGAAAUCGCUGUAUUCAAUGAUCCAUGUCUCACACAAAUGCCGGCGCCAGGCGUCUUCCAGAAUAGAAUACGAAUAGGACAAAAUCCUGCCGUUAUUCUUCAAGGUGAUCAGACGCUUACCGUUAAAUGUGUCUAUGGAUUGCCUGAGGUGGAGACACUGCCGCUGCCGGUGGUCAGCCCAAAUUUCAACAUUGAAAGGUACCUAUUUGGUAACAUUGAACCAAAACAAGGCACGGAGAAACAGAUCGAUGUUGAUGUUGCCAGCAUAGGCACUCAGCUAGAGGAGCUCCUCAGAAGACAAAAUCUCAAUGCAAAUGGGCGCCAGGGAGUAGUGGCGCUGGAGCACAACAGCGUGGUCGUUCUGGUCCUAAUCUAUCUGUCUGGCUAUUACCAUUACUGCUUGGAGCAGUGCUGCUGGCUUUAUGUAUUCUCUGUUGCCUCUACGUCUGUCUUAAAAGACGACAUGAGGCCAAACAGAAUCGCUCCCGAUUACUCGUUGGUAUCCCUGGAGGUCGGACCUACUGAUGCAAAAAGGAAUGCUCAUCAUCUUUGGUGGGGUGCCCGUGAUGCAAAUCGCAGUGACCGAGUCAAUUUUCCAGAGGGACACACAAAUUCUGCCGCUAUCUCUCCAUCUGAUUCUCAAGAAACAUCUUCUACAGCUCAAGCAACUCGCAGUGCAUCCUCUGUACCGUCGGCGAAGCCUAGAGGAAUAUUCAAGAAAAAUUCGGGAAGAAAUAUUGAUAGAGAGGAUACUACUGCUUCUAUUCGUGAUAUGUAUGGAACUUCUAGAGAUGGCAGUAAUGCAUCGCAUUAUGCUGCAUCAGGAUUCUACGGGAGGAAACAAUUUGAAGCUGAUGCUCCAAGUCGACAACCGAGCUCAAAUCGUGCGGACUACAUAAGCACUUUGGAAGGAGCAGAUAAUGGAAUGAAUUUGAGGUCGAAUUUGGAAGAAUACGUUCAACGAACACAUUCUCAACGAAACAGUCAACGCAGCCAGUAUGCGUCUCGUUUGGAAUUUAACGAGCCAGACCUAUUUAGCGAACGAGGGGUUGACAUUGGUGCUGAGGCUAAUGUUCAACAAAUGCUUCCAAAGAGCUACUCCGAAUGGCGCCACUGCCUCAUUGCUGGAUCGUCUGUGAACAGGACUGCGAGCUUGAAGGUGACUUCGCUCGAGCAAGAAGCAGGUCGUCCUGAGGACUCUGGAAUAUCCUCAUACAGGUCUAUAACAGAAAUUUAUCAUGCAGCUGAAACUGCUGAACAGGGGAAACUGGAGGAGCCUCACAAAGGGCAACUUCUUGUCGAGCAUCGAGAUAUUCCUUCAGUGGAGGUGCUUGAAAAGUGUGUUUUACCUAUUCGUGGAUUUGGCGCACGAAAACUGACGGAACAGGAGCUUGGUUGUCGUUUAUUCUUAUGCCGCCUAUACCUUACCGAAAAUUUAGCUGAUAAAGAUACUGCUCCAUCACUCGAGGCUGCGCCGUCAAGUUCUCAAUUAAACGUCUAUAUUGGUAAUGUAGGCUCUGACUGGUAA